AUGGCAGAAAGACGAGUAAACGAUCGCGGACAAAAUCAAGAUGAUAAUGCGGUUCCAGCGGCAAUUAGAAAUAGUAACAUGUCCGAAGAAUGCAUCGUACUGCUGGAGGAAUUGAUCCGCAGCAACCGGGCUCUGGCGAGCGAAAAUGAAAAGCUGCGGCAGCAGCAAGAGCGCAGCAACAAAUCAAACUUAGAGGCUCUUCAGCGGAUUGAGAACCGUCUUGAAACUGGUGAUAAUGGAGCCAAAGUCCGUCGGCGCCAAAAUAGACAGAAGCGAAGGACGAUAGUAGUUCCACCAGCUUGUCGAGUGAGUAGAAAAACUUAACUGAUGAGCAUAAAUAAUGUGAUAUAUGUUCAUGAUUUGCUGAAUUCAGUUCUGUUUCGUGGAAGAUUUGCUUUUAUGUUGAGUACGUGUUUGGCGCGCAAAUUAUAUGUAUAACUCAAUUAUUUAGGCGGUAAUCAUUUGGCAUAAUUAUGUGUGGUUACAUUUACUUGAUAAUCCCCUUUACCAUAAACAGGUCUAUCAGAAAGGUUUUUUCCUCCCUGUUCUUUCAACGAGAAUAAUCCAGUACGAAAAUUCAUGUUAUUAUCUUUUCUCUUGAACCCUUUUGACUUUCCCUGUUUUAAUCACACAGAUGGGUAAGAUUAAUUGUACUUGUGUAAAAAGCGUGGAAGUAGAAAUAGGGGAAAGGUGACAAAUUGAUUGUUGAAAUUAUUUCAAUCUUUUAGAGAGCCGUGAGAAGGAUAUAUAAACUUCUUUUAAAAAAAGACGACUUUGGUGGAUUUUAUCUUGACGAAGAGUGAGUAACAUGUUAUUAUAUUCAAAGAUAUUUUACUUUAUAUUGAUUAAACCGUGAAAUCAGAGUCUAAGCUGCUGCUAGAAAUAUUGAGAUGUUAUGUGAAUACCUUAUUGUUGUUGCUUUUGUCUAAGUGUUAAUACUGUUAAAACAGAAUACGUGGCUUAAUCACGGUGUUUGUUCUUGUCUCAGAGUAAAUUCUGAUAACAACUAUGGAGUUUUUGAGCGCACAGUAGAGCAGGUUGUACAUCAACAGGGAGGACCUGAAAAGUGUCCCUGGACAAAGGAUAUCAUAGAAGGUAGCUAUCAAUAAUCAUAGCACAUGCAUUUCACUUUCAUUGGGGUGUCAUUAUGAUUUUUUGCAGGUGGGCAUAAGAAUUUGGCACUUAAGCGUAUUGAUGUAUAUCUCUUUUAUAACAAGUUGAGUUCACUGAAGGCCUUGGCUUAAAAACAUCCAGACAAAAUUGCACUCACAGUUGGUCAAUUUGUCUAGAGCCCAGUCCUUAAAGAUACCCCUGCUUUUAGUCUGUACCAUCAGUUAGUGUCUUUAACCACUUUUCCCUCAACAAAAAUUACAUCAUAGAACCAGCAUUCAGUAACACAGUUAGAUAUCAUGCAACUUCUAAUGAGCACCCUCAUUAUAUGUUUCAAAUUUAGGACAAGAGGAAGGGUAUAUUUUUAGUUUUUUCCUAUGUUGCAAACUAGAACUUUCAGGUUAAUUUCUUGUCUCUGAAACAUUAAGUUCAGUGUAAAUCCUCAACAAAGCUUACUUCACACCUUAGCAAUGAAUCACCAAGGACAUACUGCAAAUUUAUAUAACUUGGCAAAUAUACCUAUGCGGCCAGCCAUAAAUGAUUAUAAAUUUGAACAUUGUCAUUUAUUUAUAUGGGAAUCUUUUUAUAAUCAACUUCUCAUGGCAUUUUGAUAAUCAUUUCUUUGAACAGCUGCUUUACAAAGAUAUUUUAAAACGUGCCUAGAAACACAUAAACUGAAGAGCAGUAAUCGCUAUGAGGCACAUGAAUAAAAAACAAGGAAGAGUGGUUGCCAAAGAGAGGUAUUUAUUGGGAUACUAUUUUAACAUUUUACUUUUCAUAUACCCUGCUGUUCACAAACGACAGGGUCUGACAGAUGUUCAGUGUUACCAGUGCACCAUUGAGUACAUUGAUCAAUAGGAGGGAAGAUGUUUCCCACUGAAUGCAUUUUUUUUUGCCACUUCAAAAUUGGAUGGCUUUGCAUAUAGACACUUUUAAGGGACUGUGUCCUGUCAAAAUUGUUUUGUGCCUAUGAGAGCAAUUGUUAAAUGAAUUAUGUAUUCUAGUCUGUAUCUAGAGCCUUCCUUACAAAGAAAAUCUUUGUAAAGUAAAUUUUGUAAUUGUAUAAUAUUAUUUUAAAGAUGGAUCUGUAGUUGAGGAAAAGAAUGAAAAAUAUUAAGAUGUGAUUUGAGAUCAAUGAUAGCUUGUAUGGACCAUUUGAUGAAAAAUAAAGGACAAGGAGACUCUAUAGUAUUACAUGCUUAAGAAUUCCAUUCUUACACUGUGUGCACAUGCAUAUCAAGAGAAAUUAGUAAUUUGGAUCAUAUUUUCCAUUUGAGGUCUUAUAAUACCCUUCUCAUGCUUGUUGUAUAUUUUUGUUUUUUCAGAAGUUAAUGAGACGAACUACAGCCCUGGAGCUGGUCAACUGGGCUGA